AUCAUUGCUUUAAUUUUUCUCCCCAUCUCUCUCUCUUCCCCCCACUCCCCUUUUCUCAAGCUGGGGAAAACAGUUGAAGCUGCUGUGAUGAUUUAUGAUUUUGAAGGGCUGGGUUUGAGGCAUCUCUGGAAGCCAGCCGUUGACGUCUACAGAGAGCUUCUUGCCAUGUUCGAAGCGAACUAUCCUGAGUGCCUUAAACAUUUAUUUGUUAUUAAAGCACCAAAACUGUUCCCUGUAGCUUACAACCUGGUGAAGCACCUUCUGAGUGAAGAUACUCGCAAGAAGUUAAUUGUCUUGGGAGCAAAUUGGAAAGAAGACUUACACAAAUAUAUUGACCCUGCAGAGAUCCCCGUGUUAUAUGGGGGGACCCUCACGGACCCUGAUGGAAACCCCAAAUGUGAGACCAAGGUAUGGAUAUUUGUCAGGCGCUUAAGACCAGAAAUUUUGGCAAAAUUAGCCCCCAGCAGUUAGAAAGUGUG